CACUACCAGGAAGUUCCAACACCGUACACUUGGAAAUACGCUGUGCUCGGAAGCUCAAUAUCCCUCGUUGGUGUUUUGUUCACAAACUAAAUGAAACUGUCGUAUUCGGUCCGGUAGAGUAUUAUACUUUGGGUAGGAAUAAACAACACUUUUUGUUUACUUUGUACCUCCGCUUUGUGCGAGAAUGCACUACUGUCGUUUAUGUUAGCUGGCUAGCUAACAAGCCAGCUAGCAGCCAAGGUUGUUUUGAUUAUUAAUGUGAAAAUUAACGCUAUAUCGACGGUGUCUAGACUCAGUGUUUGCCGCCUAAAUACAAAGUGUUUUUUCCAUUACGCCCAGUAUAAUAAGGAAUUUUACUUGUGUCGGAUUCCACGGGGUAAACGACAAUAGUGUACGUAAAUCGUGGGUAGUGCACCAGUUAACUGGUUAGCUAACGUCAAACGGCGCUCGACUAGCUUUCGUUACCUCUCGUAGGGACCGUCUAGUUUGUCCUUUACCCCGAGCAGUAGACGUCUGACGAGCUUAAAAAGCUCUCUUUGAAUCGGAACCAAUGCGUGGGAUGAUGGGAACUCAGAGUAGUCCUGUCAAGAGUUACGAUUAUCUCCUGAAAUUUCUUCUGGUGGGAGACAGCGAUGUCGGGAAGGGCGAAAUCUUAGACAGUUUGCAGGACGGAUCAGUGGAAUCUCCUUAUGCCUACAGCAGUGGGAUUGAUUACAAGACCACCACAAUUCUGCUGGACGGGAGAAGAGUGAAAUUGGAGUUAUGGGACACAUCAGGACAAGGCAGAUUCUGCACUAUCUUCAGAUCUUACUCUCGGGGAGCACAGGGCAUCCUGCUUGUGUAUGACAUCACUAAUGGCUGGUCUUUUGAUGGCAUUGACCGCUGGAUCCGGGAAAUAGAUGAGCAUGCCCCAGGUGUGCCCAGGAUCCUCGUGGGAAACCGGCUUCACCUGGCUUUCAAGCGGCAGGUGCCAACGGAGCAGGCGAGGGCGUAUGCAGAAAGGAACAGCAUGACGUUCUUUGAGGUCAGUCCGCUGUGCAACUUCAACGUCAUCGAGUCCUUCACAGAGCUUUCACGCAUUGUGCUGAUGAGGCACGGGAUGGAGAAAUUCUGGAGGCCCAACAGAGUCUUCAGCCUCCAAGAUCUGUGCUGCCGUUCGAUCGUCUCCUGCACCCCAGUGCACCUCAUCGACAAACUGCCCCUCCCUGUGGCCAUCAAGUCCCACCUCAAGUCUUUCUCCAUGGCCAAUGGCAUGAAUGCAGUCAUGAUGCACGGACGCUCUUAUUCGGUGGCCAACAGCGCAGUGUCAGGUGGCGGCAGCGGUGGUAGCAAAGCCAACAGUCUCAAACGCUCAAAGUCCUUCAGGCCUCCACAGAGUCCUCCAAAGAACUCCUCGUCGUCCUCAAAGGGGAACUGUAAGAUAUCAUAGUGAAGGAGUGGACUAAUGGUUGCCUCCAUUGGGCCAGUAUUAAAAGUGUUGUUGCUCCAAGAGGUCACGAGAUCAGAGACGAGAGCUGCCAGCAAUCUUCAUCUGGGACAGAUAUAGCUGUGAACUUACCUUGACCUUUGGAAACUGACUGGGCAGGUUGGAUUGGUUUCUGUUCUCUUUGCACUUGCUGGUGCCAUCUUGUGGAUGUUUGUUUACCUGUACUCUUUACUACAGAGGCUCACUGUGAUCAAGUAGAACAAGGUUUCCCUGGGACCAACAGAUGUGAAUCAAGAAUUAUCACUCACCUGUCAACACUACAAACGAGUGGAGGAACAAUAACUAGCUUUUAUUUGGAAGAGGAUUGGUAAUUGGUAUUUAAAGCUGGACUUAAAGUUGUAAAUAUCCUUUAUGUGCUGUUGUUUUGGUCUGUGUUUGGUGAACGUCUUGAGAAGGAGAUUCUUGUUUUUGUGUUGGAUGUUUUGGGAGACCUGCUUUGAUAUGUCUUGACACAUUUUGUCUAAAACUCUCUUUGCAACCUCCAGGGUGCUGAGCUACUUGUUCAAAACUUAAAUUAAGUUUUAAAUAAGCCUGGCUUAAAUUGAAUGCCAUGAGAAGAGUGAGUAUAGUUUCCCAGAUGGGGCAGAACUGAAGACAAAUUCAGGAGUUAUUCAUUUAAAAACAUUUUCACCUUGGCGCUAUUUAAUCUGUGAAGCUGUCCAGAAGAGUCAAGCCAAGUUGACUUGUUUGCAAGACUUCCUGCAGUGCCCCUAAAUAUUAGCCCAAAUGAAUUCACCCUCCAUCUCUGUCAUUCAUUGGUUUGGACAUCAGUUGUCUUAUUCUGACCUUUUUAUUCCUCUAAAGCCAAUCUUUAUUGUAUCACCACUUUAACCGGUUAAUACCAUGAACAGCAUGAUAAUCUGUAAAAACUCCUGGGGAAAAUGAAACAAUUUCCUGGGGCUGAUGAGAAAAUCUUGUACAAACAUGUGUACAGAUCAUUUACUCAUUCUUGGUGUUUUUUGCCUUCACAAAAUUCUGUGUAUGAAUUCACAAAACUCACAGGACAUCGGUGAGAGGAAUAUUUUAAAUGGGUUGCUUUUUUGGGGGGAUAUUUUAUGUACAUGCUAUGUAUUUAUGAAUGUAAAACGAUACUCAUCUGCUACUUCUCUGUGGCCAUGUGGUAAAAUGUGAGAUUGUAAGAAUUGGAGGUGGAAAGCUAUCGGGUACAUAUACUUCUGUAGUAAUUUCACUCAGCAUUGCUGCUUGUUUGAGUAUUUGUACUUUUGCUGCUUAAGUUAAUUCUUAUCCUCCAGCCUUUAAAAAAAAAAAGUAUGUAUAAUAGGAGGGCUUACAGUGGGUGUUUACAUUGGAAGAAGCAUUUUGGACACAAUGCAAGAGCCAUGUAAUGACAAAAUGAAGACUUCAGAAUGGAGUAUUUUAAUCAAAAAUGAUAUUUUCUUUUAAUAAUUGAACAAUUGAUACAAAUGUGUUUAUUCUGGUAUAGAUUCUCAUUUUGGUGCCACCUCUGAUGAACGUGCUAAAUUCCUACUUUUCUAGUGUCAUGGUUACAUGUUUGUAUUAAGAUCAUGUGGGGCUUAAAAGAAAUUGGUGCAUGUUUCCAUUACGCCUGUUUAUUGUGGUGUAUUGAGACCAGAAUUCUUGAAUGAACAUUUAAAGCACUAUAUGGAACCGUUUGAUUGGUACUAUCAGAGCUGUGUGUCUCAAGGUUUGGCAUAAAUGAUCAUUUUAUCUCCAUUCUAAACAGUCAUCCUUCGAAAUAAAGGGUAAAACUCCAAAAUUG